AUGGCCCAUUCUCCAAGCACUGGACUACCAGGCUCAGCAUUCACAACAAGAACACGUCGCGAGCUUGCUGAAGCAGCGGCAGCCACGCAUGAAGUAAAUUCAGCAAACAAUAAUGUUUCAUACAAGGUUCUAUAUCUGAAGCUUCACGGCAUGGCUGCGACCACGCGCGCUAUCCUUGCGGUUUCUGGUGUGAAAUGGGAGAACAUCUAUCCUAGUGAUUGGGUGUCCGAAAAGCCUCAUACCCCACUUGGAGUAAUGCCCAUUCUUUACGAAAUCCAUCGUUCCAGUCCAUCCUUACCCUCUACUAACCCUGGCCUUGUCCUCGAAAUUCCGGAGUCGGAGGCUAUAGAGCGCUAUCUGGCGAGAAAGUUUGGUCUGUUGGGACAAGAUGAAUGGGAAGAAACUGCUAUCAAUGUAUUCUACUCCUCUUCGAACGCCAUCAUGUCAUUUUACAUAAAUAAGGUUCUUCUUGCAUUUCCAGAUAUAAAACAGCGCGAAUUGGAGAAAUUCCUGACUAAAGACUUACCUGUAUGGAUCUCGCAACAUGAGAAAUGGCUAGCCAAAAACGGAAAUAAUGGACAUUAUGUUGGCGAUCAGCUUUCACUUGCAGAUAUACGCUCCGUGAUUUGUCUGGAACGAUUCAUGGCAAUUCCAGAGUGCAAUCCUCAAACCAAUAGUGAACGUAAUAUGUUCUCGUUAGCUACCCCGGGUCUGUUCAAACUCAAACAAGUCCUUGACAGCCGUCCAGGCUAUGCAGCCUGGAUUUCUUCUGAAGAAUUCAACACCAUCACAGCUUCAACUAAACAACGUCUUUCUGUUUUGUCAGGAUAA